UUAACCCCCCUUGCGGUAUUCCCGAGUGUAGCUCGGGGUAAAGUUUCAGCACCACAAGCGGUAACCCCGAACUACACUCAGGAAUACACUGCAGCGUUGCUUCGGGAUCCCUCGAUCACUUACCUUGUCCUGCGCUCCCGCGAUGUCCCCCCUGCAGUGUCCCCUGUAAUGUCCUCUGGCGGAUGCCGGCAUCUGUCAUCUGGGUUCCGUGCCCUGCGAGCGUCGGGAUGUACGGGGGACGGAACCGGCGGGAAAUUUGAAAAUGACAAAAAGAGAUUCACUAAAAUCACAUAGUAUAACAUUCCUGUAUCAAACCAUUUCACAUACAU